AUGGGCAAAAGCCUUGCUCAAUUUCACUUUGUCUCUGAUGAAUUUACCUCCAGCUAUGCUAAAAGCCUAACAAAAGAGAUUGAGAGUGAAAAAAGCUUAAUCGUAGAACCUGAGGAUCUAUUGUUGUCUCACAAGCUGAACCCUCAGCAAAAACAUGCCUAUGAUCUGAUUCUAAGAGCAUGCUUUUCCUUACAAGGACAAGCUUUUUUUGUUGAUGGCCCCGGCGGGACGGGUAAAACUUUUUUGUAUCGAUCGCUCCUCGCCACCCUGCGCUCACAGAACCACGUUGCAAUUGCAGUGGCAACAUCUGGAAUUGCAGCAUCAAUCCUUCCCGGAGGAAGGACAGCUCACUCGAGAUUCAAGAUACCGCUUGAUUUCUCGAAAACUAAGACUUGUCAACUUAGCAAACAGAGCUCGAUUUCAAAACUCCUGAGUGAAUCUACGCUUAUUUUGUGGGAUGAAGCUUCCAUGGCUAAACGGGAAACGAUUGAAGCAUUUGACGAAUUGCUAAAAGAUUUAAUGGAUUCAGAUUUGCCUUUUGGAGGAAAGGUAGUUGUUUUCGGUGGCGAUUUCCGGCAAACACUGCCGAUCAUUGAGCAAGCAACUAAGGAAGUUCUCAUAGAAUCGACCUUUCCCGUUUCUCCCCUGUGGUCUCAACUACACAAAAUCAGGCUCACAGAAAACAUGCGAGCUAUGUUUGAUCCAGGCUUUUCUCAAUUCCUUUUAAGGGUGGGAGAGGGGAGAGAACCUGUCGACGAUCAGGGCGAGAUAACUUUAUCCCCAGAUAUAGUUAUUCCUUAUGUAGAUAAAGAGGUGUCUUUGAACAGGUUAAUAGAAAGUGUUUUUCCAGAUCUUAACCUCUAUACCCACGAUCCUUGUAACCUGAUAAAUAGGUGCAUCCUUGCUCCUAAAAAUAGCUCUGUCGACGAGCUCAAUGAAAUGAUGAUUAAGAGGUUUCCUGGAAACCUUCAGACUUACAUUAGCUCAGACAAGACUGUUGAUCAGCGGCACCAAAGUGAUUACGAGGACUUCCUAAAUUCGCAAAAUCCUAAAGGUCUCCCUUCUCAUAAGUUGCUGUUGAAGAAAAACUGUCCACUAAUGCUUCUAAGAAAUUUAAACCCAGCUGAAGGUCUAUGCAAUGGAACACGGUUGAUAUGCAGAGAUCUUGGACAGCACACAAUUUCUGCCGAGAUUGUUUUUGGCCAUCACCGAGGAAAAACAGUUUUUAUUCCAAAGAUACCUCUUCGAUCGCCUGACAGCGACAAAAAUGGAAUUCCAUUCAUACGAACACAGUUUCCUGUCCGCCUUUGCUUCGCCUUGACCAUCAAUAAAUCGCAGGGUCAGACCCUUGACUACGUCGGAAUCUAUUUACGGGAGCCAGUUUUUUCUCAUGGACAGUUGUAUGUUGCUCUGUCCAGAGCUAGAACUGCAGCUAAAGUCAAAAUUCUUCUUGUUCCUGGAACAUUUGGAGGCACAAAAAUAGAUUGCAAGACUCGGAAUGUUGUCUUUCAUGAAAUUUUUAAAUUAGCUCAGGAAUAG